AUGACUGAUAAAGGAAUGGUCAAUAUUUGGACACAACUAUUUUUCCCUGCGUGGUACACUCCACCACCACCAACUCUUCCACCAAUUACUACUGUUGAAAACGGCAUCGAAAUGUCCAUAAAUCAAUUAUGUAAUGACCCCGACGAAGACGUUAAAAAUGCCGCAGCGGUAUUAGAAAAAAUGAAAGAAACCGAAAACAUGAAACAAACCUCUCUCCCACCAAUCGAAACGACACAACUACCUCAAGAAGGAUCGACAAACUCGGACGGUUUCAUCUCCCGAUUUCCGUUUAUGCGGAGAGCUUAUGAACAGGGUAAAAACUCAUCACCAUUAAUCAAAUAUACAACUGAAAUGGUAUCUAGAAUAUCUAAGCCUGUGAUUGAAAAGAUUCCCCAAUUGGCCCAGUUAGAUCAUUACGCGUGUCGUGUAUCAACGACUACAACGUCCUAUACUCCUCGUUGGCAACAGGUGCUCGUUGGGGCCGGUGCUGCCGUCGGAACUGCUCGUGCUGUUGUAAGCGAAGAGUCAAUGAAGAGUCUUCGAUAUUGCUUACAAUGGUUACAAUAUGCGACUCAACACAUAGAACAUCAAAUUGCCAUAUUACGUGAUAUCAUUUUUAAACUCUCAAAUCCCUCGGCAGACGGCGUCAUGAUACAAUCGAGCGCCCCAUCAACACUAGCAGCAAUUAAAAAGGGAAUUGUCGAUAACCUUCGGAAGGUUAUUGACAUAGUUUCCAAAUACGCUAGUAAAUGCUUGCCAGAUCAAGCGAAACAGAAUGUAAGGAGUUUUAUAUUGAGUUUACCCACUCGUUGGGCCACCAUCAAUCACAGCGAUUUUUCCGCAACCGCUUCCCCAGUCUCAUCUCCGCGGUUGGCCCCUAUCAACACUUAUCCAAAUCAUCAAACUGCUGAUUACGCGCGUCGUCUGCUCAGCUUAGCCACUGAAUCCCUUGAUAUGCUCCGUAGGGUAGGUGGCAUUUUUGGUGAAACUGUGGAGCGUGCUGAAGCAUGGGUUGAACGCCUGAGAGCUGUUGGUGUGGCCAGCGGUGGAUCAAGUUCCAUGGACGAUGUUCAAUUAGAUGGUAUGCCACCGAUAGGUUGGCCGUCCCAGCAGAAUGGUGAGGCAUACCCAUACAGUCAAUCAUCCUCCAUUUCGCACCCCCGUUCCCGCAGGUCUUCCAACUCCGUUCGUAUGAAUCACCGUAAAUAUCCCCGUACCACACCCCUCGACGAUGACGAGGAAUCGAUCAUCAAUAAUCUAUCAGAUGAUUCUGACGAGUCGGAGGUUGAGAAUAUGCGCAUGGAGGAUAAUCCUUUGUAUCGUUCGAAUUCCGUAAAAUCAUCGCCGCAACACGGUGGGUUGAGUAGCGGCAAGAAGAGAAAAAAGUCUGGGAAAAAAGAUGACAAAAUGGAUCUCUACUAA